UCUGGUCUAAUGGACACACUCUUUGUAAAUGCUUUUUAAGGUAAGCCUUCUUCAAUAAUUUAUUCUACAUAUUCACAGUAACUUAAUGUAUUUUAAACAGGCUAGCUAGGUAGGCUAUCGCAUUCAUUUAAUCAUUGCGAUAUCCACGUUGGCUUAGUCAAAUGGUGUCAAAUUGUGUUUAGCUAAAGUAAUAUUAAGGUAAUGACAUAUUUAGCCUAUUCGCUCAUGGAGACCUGUAACAUUACAUUGAUCUGUGUAAUAGUACAGGUCUCCCGGGGCGAAGGGGCAAUGUCACAUCGUAAAACGAGUGGCUAGUUUUACUUAACUAUCUUCUAAUAAUAGGUUUUUCGGUUUGAUUGAAGUGAUGGGUUUGGAGCAGCCCCAAGGGACGACGUGUAUACUUUGGCGAACCUGGGGUUGGGUUUGGAGUAUUGGCCAAAACUCGGUGAACGUUUUUGUUACAUAAGUGAACAACUCCCAAUCCCCAAACAAUGUCUUUAGCUAGCUUGCUAAAAUGUUUUUCAUGAUGAAAUGCAUACCGGUAACAUUAGUAGGCUAAUUUGACGAAGCUCGUGUGGCCAUGCUGGCAUGGUGUGAAUGAAUUAAGAAUUUUGGGCGGUGUUCGAGAGCAUCAAAACCGUGAGGUAUCAUGGGUAAAUUGUGACAGACUAACGAAUCUAUAAGUAAUAUUGAGUAGUUAUUAUUUAUGAGGCAGGGUGAUUUGGAGGUCAGUCUCGACUCUCCUUUAAAGUCGGCUGCAAUUUCGAAUGCGCCCAAUACAAUGGCGCGCCAAGCAGAUAAAAUACUAAUUGGUUCAGUCAGAAGCGGAAUUUCUGCGUCAGUCUUUACUGAUAGUUUUUUUUUUUUUUCAUGCCGCUUAACGAUUUAGCCACGGUCUCCCUGCUCAUUGGAUAAUUUAGCCGCGUCCUUGUCAUAGAGGCGGUUCUUCACUUGCGGGUUAGUAGAGACCUGAAGAAAAGAUCGCGCUGUAGUAGGCCUACUCGAGGGUGUGGUUGUUCAACAAACAAAUCCUUCAGAUUGUCCGAUAAUGUAUAAAAGCAAGUAUAUUGGCCAUUAAUACUCUCUGAUAACACUGUUGCUGAUGAUGCUAACAGUACGUUAACUGCUCCUCAGUCAUACUAGGCUAUAUGAUUAUCUAACCCGCUGUAGCUCAAUUGGUAGAGCAUGGCGCUUGUAACGCCAGGGUAGUGAGUUCGAUCCCCGGGACCACCCAUACGUAAAAAUGUAUGCGCACAUGACUGUAAAUCGCUUUGGAUAAAAGCGUCUGCUAAAUGGCAUAUUAUUAACGGGCCUGGUUGAAUGAAUAAUGGAAAUGGCCAUUAAACGCUAACACAGCAUAUGACACUGUCCUGUUUUACUGUAUUUUCAUAUAUUUGAUCUUUCUGUUUGCAGAAUAAUCGCUUUAGGAAAGCGCACACUGGCUACUCUGCAGGCCCCGGCCUAGAGUCAUAUCUGAAAGGUUUCAACUUCACUGGUGAACCUCCUUGGCUGCUCUGCACCUGAUUAAACUACUUUGCCAAAUUCCAUCUCUUUCUUGUCCAAGUAAGUGUUGCUUUCCAAUCCACUGUCAUUUCCAACAUGCAUGUCACAAUAUAUUCUAGAAUAGAUAUUACAGUACAGGCCUAUGAGAUUGGUUGUAAUUGGUGUACUGUAGCUCUGGGAGUAAUUAUGCUAGUAAUUUAGGCACGUUCCAGAUGACAAUGUGCAGUCUUGUACAAGCAUUUUACUAUCAGGGAAUUGCCCUUGAAAAGUGUGCAAGUCACUGAGCCAACAUUGAUAUUCCUUGAACAACUAGCCCACUGAUAAACUGGCUAACAACGAGACAGUUUUUUCGGGUCUGUGCUACGAUUUAAACUCGGAUUUCCUUUCUCCACAGUUUUAAUUUUCUUCCACCAUGAACACUUUUGCUCCUGAUGAUUUUGCCUUCCUGGAGGAGGGUUUCUGUGCCCGUGACAUUGUUGAGCAAAAGAUCAACGAGACGUCCAUGUCGGUAAGAACAACUUCCUGUUGUCCGUGAUUUUGCUGCAUUUGGUGUGAGAUGUGUGAUUUGAUGCCGAGGCAUUUGUCAGUGUAAGAUGUAUGUAUUUCUUAAUCCCUUGCAUCCAUGUCUUUGCCCCUCAAGGAUGAUAAAGAUGCCUUCUACGUGUGCGACUUGGGUGACGUGCUGAAGAAGCACAUGCGAUGGGCGCGUGCCAUGCCUCGCGUCACGCCCUUCUAUGCUGUCAAAUGCAACGACAGCCGGGCUGUUGUCACGACCCUGGCCUCCUUGGGCGCCGGCUUUGACUGUGCAAGCAAGGUUUGUCUCUUUCUAAACAGCUCCUGACUUGAAAUGGUCUUGACCCCCUUCAAACCCUACUGCCCCGUGAAUGUGUGUUUCUUGUACUGACCCAGUCUUUGUCCCAUCAGACUGAGAUCCAGAUUGUUCAGUCUCUGGGUGUGGAUGCUAGCAGGAUCAUCUACGCCAACCCCUGCAAGCAGGUGUCCCAGAUCAAGUAUGCCUCUGCUCACGGAGUGCAGAUGAUGACCUUCGACAGUGAUGUGGAGCUCAUGAAGGUGGCUCGGUGCCACGACGAUGCCAAGUAAGAGAUACCUCCACCACCAUUCUUUAGCCACACUGAAAACACUUGGAUUUGUAAGUAACUUAUUUGGCUACUCUAGGAAAGUACACCUCUUACUUCUCUCUCCUUGUCUAGACUGGUACUGCGCAUUGCAACAGAUGAUUCCAAGGCAGUGUGCCGGCUGAGUGUGAAGUUUGGUGCCACCCUGAAGGCCUGCCGGGGUCUCCUGGAGCGGGCUAAGGAGCUGGGCCUGGACGUUAUCGGGGUCAGUUUCCACGUGGGCAGUGGCUGCACCGACCCAGACACCUACAGCCAGGCCAUCUCUGACGCCCGCUGUGUCUUCGACUUGGGGGUGAGUUUCCUUCUCUGCUGUAACUUAUCACCAGAAUUGAUCAAUUUUAUAAAUGGACCCUUAACCUGGUAAGUUGGGUUCGCUUCAAGAGAAGGGACGCAGUUGGCCCUCAGCGGUAGGCCUAACUCAUCUUUUGUUUGUUCUGUUUUCUUCAGGCUGAGGUGGGUUUCAACAUGACCCUCCUGGACAUUGGUGGCGGUUUCCCUGGGUCUGAGGAGACCAAGCUCAAGUUUGAGGAGAUCACAGCAGUUAUCAACCCAGCGCUGGACAAGUAUUUUCCUGCCGACUCUGGGAUUCGAAUUAUUGCAGAGCCAGGCCGCUACUACGUGGCCUCUGCCUACACCCUAGCUGUUAACAUCAUCGCCAAGAAGGUUAUCAUGAACGAGCAGUCUGCCUCUGACGGUAACAGCAAACUCGACUCAAUCUGCAAACUUGUGGCUACUGCCUGAUGUGCCAAAUAAAAUUGCAUCACGCAACCCAAAGUAAUAGCUAGCAAAGUUUCAUUCAACUCUCUGCCCCUACAGAGGAUGACGAUUGGACCAGUGACCGGACUCUGAUGUACUAUGUGAACGAUGGGGUCUACGGCUCCUUCAACUGUAUUCUGUAUGACCAUGCUCACCCCCUGCCUACCCUGCACAAGGUAAGAUGAUUUAACACUCAUAAACGCUUCAUUUCAACCAAACUCACACAAAAAGCAAAUGUAUAAAACCAAUUAAAUAAGUUUGAUUGUUUGUUAAUCCCUGCUCCCUUCAUCCUCCUACAGAAGCCAAAGCCAGAUGAGCGUAUGUACCCCUGCAGUAUCUGGGGACCAACCUGUGAUGGCCUGGACCGCAUCGCUGAGGUGUGCAGUCUGCCUGACAUGCAGGUGGGAGAGUGGUUGCUGUUUGAGAACAUGGGGGCCUACACAGUGGCUGCCUCCUCUACCUUCAACGGCUUCCAGAAGCCAGACAUUUACUACAUCAUGUCCCGCACAGCUUGGUAAGUUAUUGGAAAUGUAGUAGAAUUAUACGUAGAGACAAAUGGAAUGGGAUUGUGGCAGCAUGUCUCCAUACAGUGAUGUAUCAUCAAUCCUCAACCUUCCUUCUGCUUCUAAAUCGAUUUUCUCUUGUCCUGUGUAGGCAGUGCAUGCAGCAGAUCUGUGCCCAGGGGAUGCCCAUUCCUGUGGAGGAGGUGUCCUGUGUGACUUCCAGCUGUGGCCAUGAGAGCAGCCUGGAGCUGCCCACCAAGCCUUGCCAGACCUGUGUGCUCUAAACACAACACCAACAUAAUUCCAUACAUACCCAUCGCCACUCUACGGGCCCAGUAUCCUGUGUUUUUAUUCAUUUCCUAUUCUGUUUUACUCAUACUGUUGAAAGGCCAGUUACUUGACUGGAGGAUGAGAGGGGCAUGUUGGUGCACAUUUCUCACUUUUAUGUAUGAAAGACAGAUCUAAUCCUGAGCUGAGGCUGAAUCUCUCUUACGUUUUAGUCAUUUAGCAGAC